AUGGGUGGGGCACGAACGGGUACGGACAGCACGGGUAGGGCACAAACGGGCAGAACGGGGCAGCUCGGGCAGAGCGGGGCAACACGGGCAGAACGGGGUAGGACACGGGCUGAACGGGGCAACACGGGCAGAACGGGGCAACACGGGCACAACGGGGCAGCACAGGCAGAACGGGGCAGGACAGGGGCUGAACGGGGCAACACGGCACAGGAACGGGCACGACACAGGCAGAACGGGGCAGCACGGGGAGAGCGGGGCAACACGGGAGCACGGGGGCAGCACGGGAACACGGGGGCAGCACGGGAACAUGGGGGCAGCACAGGAAGCACGGGACGCAUGGGUGAAACGGGUGGGGCACAACCGGGUACGGACAGCACGGGUGAGACGGGUGGGGCACAACCGGGUACGGACAGCACGGGUGAGACGGGUGGGGCACAACCGGGUACGGACAGCACGGGUGAGACGGGCGGGGCACAACCGGGUACAGACAGCGCGGGUGAGACGGGUGGGGCACAACCGGUUACGGACAGCACGGGUGACACGGGUGGGGCACAACCGGGUACGGACAGCACGGGUGAGACGGGUGGGGCACAACCGGGUAUGGACAGCACGGGUGAGACGGGUGGGGCACAACCGGGUACGGACAGCACGGGUGAGACGGGUGGGGCACAACCGGCUAGCACGGUAGCAGUCGCAGGCGCGGCUGGCGCUGGCGGGAGCGUGGGUGGGGGCGACGGGAGGGGGGGGAGGUGA